AGGGUUUUACCUAUGAAGGGGUAAAGUCGUCAAAUCAGUCACGCAAAAAUCCACUACUUGAAGAAGAAAUGGAGAUUUUUCUGCUUCAUCUCUCCGCAACUCUAAAAUAUUCACUUCCGAGUGAUGGGGAAGGAUUCCAAGUCGGCGGGAAAAGGCAAGGCAAAGGCAGCCGGGGGCAGUGACGAUGCUGGAUCGAAGGGCAAAGCAAAAGGAGGGAAAUCGGAUGGUUUAGGAACUUGCACAUAUGUUAAAGCUAGACAUGUCUUGUGUGAGAAGCAAGGAAAGAUCAAUGAAGCCUAUAAGAAGCUACAGGAUGGCUGGCUCAGUAACGGAGACAAAGUUCCACCCGCUGAGUUUGCUAAGAUAGCUGCAGAAUAUUCGGAAUGCCCAUCGGGGAAGAAAGGUGGGGAUCUAGGAUGGUUCCCACGUGGUAAGAUGGCUGGUCCGUUUCAGGAGGUGGCGUUUAACACACCUGUAGGGGUGACCAGUGCGCCAUUUAAAUCAACGCAUGGCUACCACAUUAUCUUGUCUGAAGGGAGGAAAAACUGAGAUGCAGCUGAAUCAUAUGCUGAUCAUUAAACUUUAGCUUUUAGGCAGAAACUAGUGAACUGCAGUUGUUUCUGCCAAGUACAAUUUGUUCACUUUAUGGCAAACUGUGGAUCAUUAUGUAAACGCUCUUUUGGUUUGUGAGUUUUGCCUUUUUAGGGCAACAACAUUUACCAUGGUUAAAUAAACUCUCUUUUUGGUUUGUGUGCAA